CCCUCCCGCCGAAGGGAAAGAGGGAAGGAAGGCAAGGGGGAGCGAAAGAAGGAGGGAAGGCAGGAAAGAGUGCCGCUAGAGGAGGAAGAAGAAGAGGAGGGGGGGGGGUCUCGAUCCCCUGCUGCUGCCUCGCUGGGGCCGCCUUCCGCCGCGUUCCCCCGCCUGGAUGCGCCUUGCGAGGAGGAGGCGGAGGAAGAAGAAGAGGAGGGGGCGGCAGGGGCAGGCAUGAGCAGCGCCGCCCGCUCCCCUGGCUCGCCUUCGCCUUCUGCCUCCUAAGAGACCCUUCCUUCCAGCCCAAGAGAAAGAGAGAAGGAGGGAGGGAGCCCCAUUCACCCCGCAAGGCUUCCGAAAAGGAGGAGGAGGAGGAGAGGACGCCGCCCCAAGGAAAGGAGGGCAGGAGAACGGCGCCGGCGAUGGCCUUGGCAGACUCCGCCGGUUGCGCCAAAGCCGGCGAGGACAUGGUCUUCCCGGAGAUCGUGGAGCUGAACGUGGGUGGGCAGGUCUACAUCACGCGCCACAGCACCUUGGUGGGCAUCCCGGGCUCCUUGCUGUGGGAGAUGUUCACCCAGAAGACCACCCGCUCCUUGGCGAGGGACAGCCGAGGGCGCUUCUUUGUGGAUCGCGAUGGCUUCCUCUUCCGCUACAUCCUGGACUUCAUGCGGGAUCAGGAGCUGGUGCUGCCAGAGCACUUCCCUGAACGUGGCCGGCUGCAAAGGGAAGCCGAGUUCUUCAAGCUCCCCGAACUUGUCAAGUCCUUGGCUCCAAAGGUUAGCAAGCAGAACUCCAUUGGGGACGAGCCUUGCCAGAGUGACCCCGAAGAGCUGUCCCCAAAUGUGGACGUAGCCCGAUGCUUGGCUGCCGCUGGAGGGUCCCUGGCCCCUCUGUCCGGAGGUCCCGGCCAAGACUUACGGCGGUCGGGCUUCAUCACCAUUGGCUACCGGGGUUCCUACACUCUGGGCCGAGACAGCCAAACGGACGCCAAGUUCCGCCGCGUGGCCCGGAUCAUGGUCUGCGGCAAGACCUCUCUGGCCAAAGAGGUCUUUGGGGAGACCCUGAACGAGAGCAGGGACCCCGACCGGCCACCGGAGCGCUACACCUCCCGCUACUACCUCAAGUUCACCUUCCUGGAGCAGGCCUUUGACAAACUGGCCGACGCGGGCUUUCACAUGGUGGCCUGCAACUCCACAGGGACCUGCGCCUUCGCCCACGAACAGACCGACGACAAGAUCUGGACCUCCUACACCGAAUACGUUUUCUACCGUCCCUCAACCUCUAUUCCGGAGUCACAGAAGGACUCAGGACCUCCAGGUGUUCCAGGAAGCCUAUGGCUCAGUAUGGCAUCUCCUGCCCAAACAGAACUGGAGCAGAACAUCCGGAAACAUCUCACUUCCUCCUCGGAGCCCAUUUUGGACAUCAAGACCGACGCGGCCGCAGUGCUUCUAGUGGAUGGGGCCUCAUUGAGUACCACUGAAAUCACCCCAUUGGCCGCCAUGGAGUGCUCCCCGACAGCCACCAUUGAGGAAAUCCCCAUAGUCCCCUUGGAAGUCACCCCACUGGAGGCCCCCAAUGCUCCCUUAGAGCCAGGAACCAGUAAGGAGGAACCCCUCUUGGAAAAGGGCUUGGAGUUUGGUCCCUCGACUGAUGACGGCGACCCCGAUUUGGACCUCCCUCCUCCGCCGGACAAGGGUCCCCCUUCGGAGGCUGGCUCCUUGGGAUCCCUUCCAUGGCCAGAUGUCCCCGAGGAAUGUGGUCCUCAGCGGCCCACCACUCUAGACUUCUCCAAGCCUCUGAAGAGGUUGGAAGAGGUCAAGCAGGCCGGGCAGCGGAGAAACAGUGACCAGGCCAGUAUCAAAGAGAAUGGGCUGGAGAACUGUCCCGAGGUGCCACCGGUUGAUGAGGAAAAGACAGCCAUGCAGUCCGAACUGGGCAAGUGUAUUGCCGACUUCCGGAGGAUCAAGAUCCCCAACUCCUUCCCCAACCGGAAGCGGCCCUGGCAGAACGAACUGCUCAAGAAAUACCAGCUUUGAGGUAGGGAAUCCCACAGACUUUGCUGCUUCCAUGGCCACAAAGAAGGCCUUGUCUUUCAUGACACUUAGCGGACACCUUGAAGAGUGCGGACCUUUCCUACUGAGCUCAAGGGAUGGAGGGGCUGAAUGGUUCUGGACCAUGGAAGAGACGGAAGGGAUCAUGGAUGUUUUUAUGAGUUUGGGUGCAAGUAGAGCGGAUGAAGAUAUGCCAGGAGGAGAUCUGGACCAAGCCAAUUCAUCAUGGACUAAGCUCCAAGGCUGGUUUCCGGUCUGAACAACCAAACCAGGAAGGUGUCCUGGUCAGCUCUGACAGCGAGGGCGAGUGGCUGGAGCUGCAGACCAACAGCUUUCAGCAGAAGGGUUAAAUAUUCCUUCUCAGGUGCAAUUUCACCCAGAGCAAGCUCAAAGACACAGGUCUGCCAGGUUAGCUGAGAAACAGGCUAUCUACAAGCAACACCUGUGGCCUUAGCAUAAAGGAUUCUUCUUGAGUUCACAAUCUUGUUGCUGGAGGCAACGUCUUGCUGGAUGGUGUUAUCGUGAACUCAUUGUGUGACUGACUUUACAAACCCUGAACCGGAACUGGACUUUAAGUACUUUGGAUACUGUCUUACAAUUAGUUAUACUGUUAUUUAUUGACUUUUUUGACCUUGGAACGUGGACGCUUACUUACUAGCACUGGGAUUGUGGAUUUAGGCAUCGAUUCAAGAACUCUGCACUUGGACAUAGACUGUGUUUGAAUGUGAAUGAGGCACAUCAUGACAGACAGGCGUGGUUGGACCUUCUCACAUUGGGAUAUACUCUGAUUCAUCAGUAUUCACUCCGUAUUUUUCUAGGAUUGGAUGUAUAAUGCAUUCAUACUCUCCCCAUCACACCCGAUUCUUACAAUUAGAAAGUACUGCUCUUUGACUCAUCACACAAUGGAAGGCUGGCUCUUCCCAAUCUGUCCGAAUGCCUCCCUAAGUC